AUGAAGGUCUCAACAUGGAUGCUAGUACUCUGUCUCUUGCUCGGCCUGGCCUCUCUGGAUACCGUAAUGGCCCAGGGCGGAAAGAACGACAAGGGCGACAAAGGAAAAGACAAGGACGACGAAGACGAGGACAUGGAUGAAGACGAAGACGAAGUCGAAGCUGCUGUCGAAUUCGAAGGCGAAGUUGUUGUAGAAAUGGACAACUCGACAAUGACAGAAGAUUUGGAAACGCUCAAUGACCUCGGUUGUCCCGGCUUGGACUUUGAUGCUGAUUGCGAGGCUUGCUUGGAAGCUGGCUGCGUUAUGACCGUAGGCGACUGCUUGGCGGACUGCAGCGUGAUGGACGUUGCUUGCUGGGAUAUGCAGUACCAUCCAAACAAAACGGCGGCCGAUGUUUGUCUCAUCAUGACACAACAGGAAGCCGAUGCGGCUAUUUGUGGCGAUCCCGAAGUGCAAACUUGCGAAACUUGUACCUCCACUGUGAGAUCCGAUGGCGAAUCAACUUGUGGUUGGUACGAAAGCUAUUGUGAUACACACCUAAUCCGGCGCUGUACUUCGGAGAUGGCUAGCCAAUGCUAG